GACGAUUUUUUUUGUUGAUUUUUUUAGAGGCUGGUAGCCCCGAAUUGAAACGCCAUGUUUAUUUCUCUUCCGUCCGUCAAUUCGUUGCCGCGAGUACGCCGCGUGUUGUGCUUCGAAGAAAUUGACAAAUAGCACCAAAGCGGUAUUUAUGUUGAAAAUGGGCAAGAAAGUGAGGGAAUAUAAGUCCGGCGACUUUAUAUUUGCGAAAGUAAAAGGAUAUCCGGCAUGGCCCGCAAGAGUACAAAGACCCAAUGGAAAGAAAUAUUUUGUAUAUUUCUAUGGGACCGGGGAAACUGCGAACCUAGCGCCGAACAUGAUCUUCGACUACGCGGAAAACAAGGAAAAGUUCCUCACGAAAACGGUGAAGCGGCGCGACUUUAACGACGGCGUCAAGCAGAUUGAAUACGACUUCGCCAACAACGUGCCUUUGGAGCAGGUCAUUGGUGUACCUGUUGAGGAGCCAGCUGAAGUUGUCAACGACGCGGCAAACGACACAACUAAUGAAAGCGCCGACGACACAGUGGCGGACACCACGGCGGCCGACGACACUGCCGCUGACGAGAGUGCAGCAAACAUACCGCAGAACGAGACAGGUGUGGAGGAUUCGGACGAGACUGGUGCACUCGUUAUUGACGAGGGAAAGGUAAUUCCAAAAGGAAGGAAAUCCAAAGUAGAAGCUGCUAAGACGCCGGCUAAGGAACCUGCCAAGCCGAUCAAAGAACCUAAGAUUCCGCGCGGGAAAGCCAAGAAGGAGGAAGCCAAAGAGGACGAAGAAGAAAAGAAGGAUGAGGAGUUGGUCAGCAGGAGUGGUAGAAAGAUACGACCUAAGAGGUAUAUAGAUGAGCAGACGGAAGACAACACAACGCUGCCUUCUCCAGCGCCAAAGAAGCGGCGCGGCGCCUCGCCCGCCUCAGACAAGGACAAAGAGAAUGUGAAAGAGAAGCAAGAUAAGGACAAGACUGUCAAACAUUUCAACGCUGUUUCACAGUCCGAGUUAGAAGACUUGAAAGAACCAUUUAAACCAGAAGAUCCAGAGAAAGACAACAUCUUGAUAGCAUAUCUGCCGAACGGUCAGUACGUGGGCAUCAAGCUGUUCCAACCGAAACCAGCCAGCUUUAAAAACGAGUCCACGAGGCUGCAAUGGGACAAACAAGCGGCCACCAAUGCCAUCACACUCAAGAGUCAGUUGGAAAAGGGUCAAAUCACAGCACAGUCGGUGUUGGGCCAGCUCGUCAUGGAUCUGAAUUUGACUGAUGAAGAGAAAGCCACGUUAGACAAGGAACGUGAGACUGAAGAGAAAAAAUCCCGCGUACAGUUCCUGAAAACAGAGAUGAAGUUGAUAGAAUUGGAGGCAAAGAUAAAAACGUGCCUGUGUUUAGAGAAAGCGGACACCGAGCUGUGCCUGAAGCUGUUGGCCGAGAUGAUGGAGUUGGAAGUAAAGCCGUUGAUGCUACUCAAACACCCGACGUGCCUGGAGACGGUGAAGCGCAUGCGCGCGUACGUCGGCAACACCACCUCCUGGGACCUCAGCGAGAGCGCCGCGCUGCUGUUCAGCAAGCAGGCCCAUCUCAUAAGGGUCCAGGCGGAUACAUUGUACAAGAAUAUGAAGGAGCUGUUCACAACUCCCAAAGGCCUGUCGUUUUGGGAGUUCUUCUCCGAGCGAGUGGUGCAGUUUAAGAAGGCCACAGCAAAACUAACCGUCGAUGAGUUACUGGAAUUGGUGCACGAGCCUUUGGAAAUGUCAGUGCCGACUUCACACACAAUGACAGCGGCAAUCGACGCGGCGAACGAAGAAGAGAAGGAAACUCCAGAGGAAGAAGAACAGGCGCAGAAGAAGAAAUCCCCGCCAGCUAAAAAGAAAGUAGCAAAUAGUAACGCUAAAACACCAGUGAAGAGACAGUCAUCAAGAAAACUACAGCAAGAAGAGAAAGAGAAAGAACAGAACAACAAACCCGAGGAAGCUGAGACCGUAGAAAAUGACGAUAAAGACAGUGAAAAGGAUAAAGAAAGUACAGAUAAAGAGAAAGAAAAAGAAGUAGUAGAUGAUAAACCUCCGGAGAACAAUAUAGAGCCAGAAACAAAGGAACCAGAAGAAGACAAACAGAUGGAAGUCGAUCAGGCGGAGAAAGAGGAAAGUCCGAAUGAAAAGGAGGCUGAAAAGAGCCCAGAGAGUGACGAUUCUAAAGCGGAAAAGACAGAGGAGAAAGAAAAAGAAUCCGGCGAGCCUAGAGCAAAAAGGACGAGAGAGAGUAAGAAGACUGAGCCGCCGCCGCGGUCGCCGGCCAAACGGAAGGCAAAAUGUUAACGCGUUAAACACACGUAAUGGAUUUUAUUUUUGUACUAAUUGCCACCUCGUGGCUGCAGGCCGGUGGCGAACGUUCACUGUCAAAUUGUUAAACGAUUUUAUGGAUCUUAUUCUCAGAAAUUUUUGUGAUGAACAAUAUCUGUUCAGCCACUUUUGUUAUUUAAUUAAUAGGCUAUAUUCCUGUCCUUUUGUAUGUUAUACGCAAUUCUGGCAUGACAAACAAUAAUAAACGAAAACGGCAUUUUGGUUGAAAAUUGAAACAGAGAUUUAUAGUUUCAAUUGUAUGGUGCAAAAGCUCAGUGGGAACAUCUGUCUAUGUCCUUCGCAUGCCCGUACCACAAUGCCAGUGACGUCUCUGUGCCUUAGUAAACUAUUGCGCUGUAAUUAGACAACCAAGCCUAUUCACUAGGUUUGAGAGACCUUGCUUUUUUAUUGACCGAAUGUACAUUUAUUUUGGUUUGUAUUUUUCAUGACGUAAGUUAAUAACUUUAAUAACAAAAAAU